UGUUUAUUCCGGGGAGCUGAUGAUAUGCUACACUCUUCAGCUCCUUUUGUGGUCUAAGAAACUAUGUUUAACCUCAAUGUGUCUCUGUAAGAAGUCACUGUGUUACUGUAGAGGGUUUCGGGGAAGCGGUCCAGUUUGUGACAUCAUUAUACAGCGUCGCAUGUUGAUCGUUUCCUCCAGAAAAUGCGGCUGCUUGUCCUUCUUAUGCUAAGCUGCGGAAACAAGAGAUGCUGCUGACUGUAUCACAGUGUACACAGAUGUCUUCACCUCCAUGAUACGUUCAUAUAUGAUGCCUGCCUGAGGGAACAUAAUGGACAAUGGCAAACCGAGUCGUGUGUGUCGGCCCCAGCGGAUCAGUGAAUCGUCCAAGGUGUUCCGCUGGGUGGAUCAAGCUGUGGAGGUGCUGCAGGGCCUCAACGAGCAGCGGCAGCACAGCCAGUUCUGUGAUGUGGUGCUGGUGGCCGACAACCAGCGGGUCCCUGCUCACAGAGCCCUCCUGGCCGUCUCCAGCCCAUACUUCCAUGCUAUGUUCACUUUGGGCAUGAGGGAGGAACACCAGGAGGAGGUGGAGUUGGUUGGGAUGUCCUACAUCGGUCUGAAAGCUGUAGUGGACUUCCUGUACAGUGGAGAUCUGCCAUUGGAUGGAGGAAACAUCGACUAUGUGCUGGAAGCCGCCCACCUUCUGCAGGUGUGGCGAGUGGUGGAUUUCUGCUGCCAGUACCUGGAGAGGGAGGUGAGCGAGGACAACUACCUGUACCUGCAGGAGCUGGCUCUGCUCUACAGCCUGGAGCGACUCGACACCUUCAUCGACCACUUCAUCCUCACACGCUUUGCUACGCUCUCCUUCACCCCUGAUUUCCUUCACAACAUUCCUUUGCACAAACUCACAUCCUACCUCUCCAGUGAACAGGUUCAGCAUGACAGCGAGCAGGCACUCCUCAAGGCCACCCUGCAGUGGCUCAGCAAGACUCCAGACAGGACCGUUUACGCCAGACAGCUCCUGUCCCACAUCCGCUUCCCUCUGAUGCCAGCGGAGGACCUGGUGGACCGAGUGCUGCCGGCGGUGCAGGCCCUGCUGACGGAGGAGGCCGGCUGCGAGGCCCUGGUGGAGGAAGCUGUGGCGUACCACGCCAAGCCCAGCGCACAGCCGCUCCUGCAAUCUGCACGCACCAAGCUGAGGGGCGGCGUGGAGCAGCUACUGCUGAUUGGAGGAGAGGUGUCAGAACGUGGAGAGGAGCUGAGCGCCAAUGUUUGCAGACUGGACAGUGAAACAGGAAACUGGGAGGUGGAGACCGAGCUGCCGGCCCAGCGGAGCCACCACUGCCUGGCGGUGCUGGGAGGCUUCAUCUUCGCUGCUGGCGGCAGCUCGUCCAGGGACAACGGCGGAGACGCUGCCUGCAACCUGCUGUACAGAUACGACCCCCGCCACAACCAGUGGACCAGGGGUGCUUCAAUGAACGAGCGGCGAGUGGAUUUUUACCUGGGAGCAGUGGGAGAGUGCCUGAUCGCCGUCGGUGGGAGGAAUGACACCGGGGCUUUGUCCUCUGUGGAGGUUUACUGUCCCGCUGAGGACUGCUGGUCCUACGUGGCAGGCCUGCCCAGGUUUACUUAUGGCCAUGCUGGGACGGUCCUCCGCGGUGUAGUGUACAUCUCAGGUGGUCAUGACUAUCAGAUCGGCCCUUACCGCCGGGAUGUCCUGAGUUAUGAUCCGUCCCGGGACAGUGAAGUGUGGGUGGAACGCCAGCCCAUGUCUCUGGCCCGAGGCUGGCACUGCAUGGCCUCCCACAACCACCUCAUCUACGCCAUCGGGGGCAGCGACGACCACGAAGACACCACAGAUCGCUUUGACAUCCUACGGGUGGAAUCGUAUGACCCGCGCAGUGGCCAGUGGACCCAGGUGGCACCGCUGCUGCUGCCCAACAGCGAGGCGGGGCUCGCAGUCUGGGCGGGGAGGAUAUAUGUGCUCGGGGGCUACAGCUGGGAGAGUAUGGCCUUCUCCAGAGCCACUCAGGUGCACGACCCUGACAAGGGCUCAUGGACUAGAGGACCCGACCUGCCGAAAUGCAUCGCAGGGGCCUCAGCAUGUGUGUGCACUGUAAAGCCCUCAUCAUCAUCAACCUCUCCGUAGAAGACGAAGAAGAGAUAAGGGAGAAAAGGAAGAUUAUACCCCACAUAACCACAGUGAUGAAGGAUUUUCUCUGUCCAAAAAUACAAGCCAUGAUUUGUAGCUGAGGCAGAGCCUGAUGCUUAUUUCUGAUUCUAAAUCUUUAAGACGGCUUAAGAAUUUAGUUGAAUGACUACUAAUGAACAAAUUCUUGCUAAUAAAGUGGCAGUGUUUUCUUCUGCUGCUGUAGUCCAUCUGCUUCAAGGUUGGACGUGUUGUGUGAUCAGAGAUGGUCUUCUGCAGACCUCGGUUGUAACGAGAGGUUAUUUAAGUUAGUGUCGCCUUUCUAUCAUCUCCAACCAGUCUGAUCAUUCUCCUCUGUCCUCUGGCAUCAACAAGGCAUCAAGGCUCACUGGAUAUUUUCUCUUUUUUUGGACCAUUCUUUGUAAACCCUAGAGAUGGUUGUUUGUGAAAAUACUCAGACCAACAACCAUACCACGUUCAAAGUCACUUAAAUCACCUUUCUUCCUCAUUCUGAUGCUCACUUUGAACUUCAGCAGCUCGUCUUCACCAUGUCUACAUGCCUAAAUGCAUUGAGCUGCUGCUGAUUGGCUGAGUAGAUAUUUGCGUUAAUGUGAAGCUGACAGGUGUACAUAAUAAAGUGGCUGGUGAAUGCAA